AGAGUGGACAGAAAAUGGCCAGUUGUGGGUACAGCAAGUGUCAAGUACACCGGCAACAAGACUUGAUGUUGUGAAUUUGCAGGUGAAAAGAUGAUUGUAUAUAUUAGUAAUUUGUAUUACUGAGUAACAGAAUAGUUUUCAGACUUCUACCAUUGCUGAUGAUGAUGUUUUCGCACUGCUUGUGUCCAGCUUGUUUGGAAGUUUCAACGGCUCGCUGACAAGAUUGUUGGCUGUAGUUAGUUCCAACAAUUUAUCAUCGUACUGCAAUUCAACAACUCGUUAAUAAGUUGUGAGUGACUUGUAUCUACUUGAUGAACUAACAACAUUGCUACAACUUGUUGGCAAGCUUGCUACAAGUCUUUUGCGAAGACAUCUUGUUGACAAGAUGGGCACGUACUAAAACAUGGAACAUUAAGUCUGAACACCAGGGGCCGGCUGUAUAAAACUCUUAAUCACUUUUUUAAUCACUAUUUUGUAGUUAAAUAGUGAUUAACUCUCAAAUAGGCGCUUCUUAUUGGAUGACGUUUGCACUUAAUCAUAGUUAACUUUAAUCACUUUUUUAUGCAACCGGCCCCAGAACAUUGCGGAACACCUCCGAAACAGCCGGGUACACCUCCAGAACAGCACGGAACACUACCUCUGGAAAAGUCCUCAACAGCCGGAACAGUACUAAACAUAAAACCCAGAACAUUGCUGGAACAUGACUGGAACAACACCUCUAACAUAUAAACAAGCUUUCGUUGGUAGGGAUGUGGACUUGCUAACAAGUCGAUCUCGAUCUCGUCAUAUUUAUAAAAUAUGAUAUAUAUAUAUAUAAAAUAUAUAUAUAUAUAUAUAUAUAUAUAUAUAUAUAUAUAUAUAUAUAUAUAUAUAUAUAUAUAUAUAUUUAUUUAUAAAAUAACCUUUUAAUAGAACGCCUGCGCUGAUUGGUUGAAAAGCGAAAAAUCCCGUGUUUCUAUAACGCUAUAGAACUCGGGAAUUUUCCACGAACCUCAAAACAACACACUAAAACAAACGUUUCCGCCUGAAAUAUCGAUUAAAAAUCUUCGUCAACCUGAAAUUUUGUUAAACAAGCAAUGGAAAACACUUACUAAACGUUUUUUCGCUUUAAAUUUUCUUUAAAUCAACUUUUUCAGCGUGUUUUUUCCAUAAUUUUGCAGUCGGCAAAACUGAAAAUUGAUGCCGGUAUUGUUGCUAGGCAACAUUUUCUUGUUAUUGUGUAAUGAGAAUAUACUUUUUAAGCGCGUUAAAAAUAUUGUUUUUGUGUUAUUAUCACAAGGUUAUUUAAUAAAGGAAAUAGAAAACAUUUUUUCCUGUGUUUGUAUAGAGUUAUAGAAACACUUCUGCUAGUUUGGGAGAACUCGAAAUAACGUGGUGGAGAAAUUUGUUUGAGCAUGCGCGAGCAAAAUGAGACACGCAAUUGCGUGGAAUACACGCAACGCGUGUUUACAAAAAGGCACAAUCGUGUAAAUAUUGCUAAGUGUUUGUACCGAAUAAAUGACUGUUUUAUGUUGAAAAUGGACAUGAUCUAAAUUAAUCAUACAUAAUUUUUGAGGCCACGGCCUCAUGAGGCUACGGCCUGUUUUUAAAAUAUCUUUAUUUCUGUUCCGGUCCAGUUUUUAAAAUAUCUUUAUUUCUGUUCCGGUCAUCACCAAAAUUACACUAAAGCCGGGCUUGAAUACACAACAAAUUUUGAAUCUCAUCAAGUACAAAAAUAUUUAACGUGUAACCAAAAUAUGCUCAUGAAAUCGAAAUUAAUAGCUAAAUUUUCAAACUAGACCCUUCUCGAAGCGGUUUUCAUGAAGGAAGUUCACAUUUCGGCCUUUGAUUCUUGGCAAAAAUUUGACCACAACACGUGCGAAGCAACUGGGUCUCAAAGACUCAGCUAAAACAUUGUGAGCCCCUAUUUUCCUGACGAUAUGUUUGAUACCUACAAACGCCAUCAAGUUUUUUCUUUUCAUUUAGCUAUAUUUGAAAUUGAGGCCACGGGCUAUUUUUGAGAAAAUACAGUUCAAAGUCAAGCUAUUUUUACAUAUUUUCAAAAUUUGUCAAAUUUCGCGAGCUUGUAUUUUGAACUUAGACAGCUGAAGUUACAUUAAGAAACAUAGGAUGGAAAAUUUGAGGCAUAUAAAGUUAAUUUCAACUUACAUUUCAUUCUCAUAUCACGUCUUUCUUCGUUUAUGACGGUUUUAAACAAGCCAUAGAUCGACGUAUACGGUAUUUACUCCCAUGUUCACGUCGCCAUAUUAACUUCUUCCAAUCACUCGAUUACAAAACAAAUCAUCCCAAAACAAAGAAUUCAUAGUCGACUUUUAAAAGAAUAACCGUUAAUUUGUAAAUCGUUGAAUGGAAAGCAAAAAAUCGUCAGCUAAAACAGCUUCUUGCUAACUUUCUGCUUUGUUUUGAAUGUAAAUGCAAUGACCUUUGUUUCUGCCCGCGAUUUUUGGUCAGCGACGACAAAUUUCCCACCUGUUCAUCCUGCUUGAAUUUUUUUCAUAAAUUGCAAAUUGCUAAAAUACUAGAAUGCCAUUUUACAUUUUUACUUUAAAGUGCCUAUGACACGAAAUUUCACCCAAAGGUUUAUGGUUGCAUUGUAAAGAUCACUCAAAAUGACUUGAUAAUUUCUUUUAUAGAAUUUCGGUAACUUGCUCCCUUUUCAAGAUAUUCAACUUUGUUUCAUAUGCAAAUAUCAGCGGUGUGACAUCACAUCACAUAAUGAGUUUUCAGAAAAGUAUAGUUGACGAAUACGUAUCUAAAAAACUUACAAAUUGCCCUUGUUUUCGAAAUGUGAUUAUGCGAUGUGAUGUCACACCGGUGAUAUUUGCAUAUGAAACAAAGUUGAAUAUCUUGCAAAGGAAGCAAGUUACCAAAAUUCUAUAUAAAAGAAAUUAUUCAGUCAUUUUUGGUGAUCUUUACAAUGCAAUCAUAAACAUUUGGGGUGAAAUUUCGUGUCAUAGGCACUUUAAUAUAUUGUAUAGAAAUCAAGGCAUGUUUGAUUUGAGCAGUUUUCCAAAUUUUUACAACGAUGAAAACGCCACAAAAAUAUUAAAUACAUAAUAAUAUAACUUAUAUACAGGGCGAGGUUUGUAUUUUGGCGAGGUUUGUAUGAGCAGUUUUCUAGCUGCAUAGCGUAGAAAUUAAAAUUGUACUCUAUGCUGUUAAAAAACUGCUCAUAACAAACCUCGUCAAUUGCAAAAUUAUAUAUAAGUUAUAUUAUUAAGACGUUUUUGAAGCUGUUUAAUAAACUCGUAGUUCGUGUUUUAUCACAUAUAAAACACUCCGCUACGCGUCGUGUUUUAUAUGUGAUAAAACAUUCCUACUCGUUUAUUAAACAGUACAUAAGCCUCAAUUUAAGGUAAAAUUCAACCACAAACGCUUCGCAAAACGUUUUAAAGUCACUAGUAUUCUUUAUAAAACUAAACUGCUUUUUAAAAUGGCUUUAUCGAUAAACUUUGAGUUUGCAAUAAAAUGAUUUCAAAUUCUCGUUUGCAAGUAACUUUGCUUCUUUUUUAUUUAAAAAAUUCAAUAUCAUAAAAAGGAAUCAAUAUUAAAGAUACACUGAAAUUAUAUGCUGCCUUAACAAGUUUUAAUAGUUGUUUCAUAUACGCAAAGGCCGUCGGGUUUUAAAGCCAUUAUAAAAUCAAUAAUUAAAACAAACUUACCUUCGUUAACGUCGGCUCCCUUCUUUUAGCCGAUUCUUUUGCAGUUUCUUUUUGAGAGAGCUUUUGAAAUUUACAAAACAUUGCCAAAAAUGGGAGCAAAAAUGAAAUAUAUUUGCAAGAAAUUUAAUUUAUCAUUCAUCAAAUCAAGAAAUGUUUGCUAUUUCGCUGUCGUCAUGCAGUCGUUAUAAUGCAAACUUUAAAUUGGACCAAUCAGUGUCCGCUAUUCAUGACAGUCCGCCAUAUUUUUUAGAUUAGUGAGGAUGACCAUGCACCCACACAACACCCUACCAUCGUUGGUGACCCACGCCCGCGAUAUUUGAUGAACUUUAGACUUCGCUAAUGCUUUCGUUUCCCCGGGUGUAAAUAGCCGGGGGGAAUUAGUACCCUCUAACGGCGCUUCGCGCCGUCGGCUCGGGGAUAAUAAUAAUCUUUAUUCAGGUAGCCAAUAUCACCCGAAGGUGAUUUACAAUUGGGUCCUGUAUUUACCUAAUUAGAAAUAAGUUACGAAUUUGCUUAAAAUAUAUAUACAGUUAACAGAGUAUUUACGGAAUAGCGAGUUACAUACAAUAAUAAGUUAUUUACAAAGCCUUCUCUUAAAAAUAGCAAGAUUUGGUGCUUCACGGAUGGUCACAUCGAGAGUGUUCAAUCAUCUACUGAUUUAUUUAUUGUUGUCCAUUGACCCCAGUUUGUUCUAGAUUUAGAUUUACGGAUGUCCUUAUUAUGUCUGGUAUUAUAAUUAUGAAAAUCCUUACUCUGCCUAUGGCCCUAUAAUCAAAUUUAUGUAAAAACAUAUUAGUUACACAUUUGUACAUAAAGAUAACACGAUGUUGUGCUCUCCGAACUUCUAAUGGUUUCCUUGCCAGUUGCCUCAGUGCGUCAGUACCAGAGUGAUAAGGUGGUAGGUCAAGAAUAAUUCGGGCAGUUUUAUUCUGUAAAACCUGCAAGUCUGCCAUAAGUGAAGAAUUUCGUCAUCUCCCCAGAUUAUAUCACCAUAAUCUAACACUGGUAAAAUCAAACUAUUGUAGAACAUGAUCCUCGCAUAUUGUGGCAGCAAAUGUUUGAUACGCCUGAGUAGUCCUAACUUUUUGUUGUUUUUACUUCUAAUGUGAUCUACAUGGUCCUCCCAUGAAAGGUGAUUGUUAAUUUUAAUUCCCAGAUAGUUAAAUGUUUCAACUUCGUUGUAGAUUGAAAUUUCGAGUCUGAUUUUACAAAUUUAUCAGACCUAACAAGGAGCAUGCCGUUGCCGAAAAUGCAACUGUAGGCCCUCUGGCAGUUUCGAUUCCUUCAACAAAUUGUUAUAUCGGGCUCAAAAUCCAGACGUUUUCGUAGUCCAACGGAAAAUUACCCUUGACACAUGGCGCCUGUUUAAACCAGACAGAUAUUCUUUAAACAGGAUCCAACGUAUGAUGGUCAAAAUUGCUAUUUAACACAUCCACACACGUAUUGAGACCAUAGAGGAGUUUCGUCUGCAUGGUAAUGUCGUUCUGCUUCAACCAUGCCUGCAUGCUAUUCUUGCUUGGAAACAUAUUCAAAAACACCCAGUUACCAAGUUUGACUUGACGAUUCUUUCUUUGGGGUCUUUAAAAAUUUUGAAAAAAAAUAUUUUUUUUUAAGAAUCUUUUUAAAUUUUCAAAAUGCUUUCAAUUUUCGGAGUAUCUAUUGUUUUGUAUUUUGUAUUUACGAAAGCUUAAUUUUCAAAAUCGAAAUUAGUCCGGCCCUUAACACUAAUAUUCAAUCUCCUCCUUUAAGCCGGUUUUCCACUAGGCGUAAUUUUGCGCGCGGAGCGGAAUUUCCCUUUGUCUUUUCUAAUUAGUUCCACCCGAGAAAUCACAAGACAAAGAAAAAUUCCGCUCCGCGCGCAAAAUUCCGCCUAGUGGAAAACCGGUUUUAGUUAUAAUAGAUAGCUUAAGAUCUACGACGUUGACGUCCAGCUAGGACGUCAGGGCCAAACAGAGGACUGGGACUAGGACGUCCUAAAUAAAUAAACUUCCACUUAAGAUCCACGACGUCGACAUUUAAACUAUGAACAUUUACAUCCUUUUAAAAAUGAAUUUAAAAGAGACGUGUGAAUCCAUUACCGUUUGUUAUGCUUUUGUAUCCACGACGAUAAAACUCUUGUUGUGAGGUUGUCAACGUUUGGUGGACGUCGAGCAAAUUGAGAGAGACACAUGCACAGUUCAAGAACUAUUACCAAUUUACUUCCGCUUGCCGCCCUAGAUAUUUGACGUCGUAGAUAUUCAGAUAUCAGGGACCUUAAGCAUGUACGACGGCAACGCGACGACGACAGCCAAAACAAACUUCUUCAAAUAAAUUAUUGCGAAGAAGAGUUGUUGUGUAUUAUCCACUACAUGUAUAUAUGAAUUGAGUUCAGUUUGAAGAGAUUAAAACAAAGGCUUUAUGGUUAAAAACGCUUCUGCUGAGCAAAUUUGUAGUUUCACUUGUCGCGUCUUGACAUGUUUGCGUUGUACACGAGACGUGAAAAUCUCUGUUUUGCCGUUGUAAAAAGCCCUAACACAACGUCUCUAACUCCCGUGGGGCUUUUAAUUAUUUAUUUCUUUUGUACGAGAUCAGGAAUAUCAUUGUGUGAAUAGCCGUCGUCGUCGCGUUGCCGUCCUGUUUGCUUAAGGUCGCUAUCUACUUAUUUAGGACGACGUCCUAGUCCCAGUCCUUUGCUUAACCCUGACGUCCUAGCUGACGUCGACGUCGUAGAUCUUAAGUUAUCUACUAUCAACUUUCAAAUACUAACCAAGCGUAACCGUUUCCGUAAUUUUCCGAAUCAGAAACAACAAAUGUGAUUUUAUAUUUGAAUUAAUCUGUAUACAUGCAGGUAAUUGUUGUCAUUUAUAGACCCGGAGCGAGGGGGAUUCGGCUGUGGAAUAUUAUAGUAUCUCACGCUGCAUUGCGAAAUCAUGAAUUUGAGUGAAAUACCGUAAAAAAAAUCACAUUAUCACGUGGUACAAAUGCUGUUUUUUCAUCGGACAAUUUGAACUUGAGGUAUAAUAUUAUACACUUAAUGUCUGCUCCCGAGGGAAAUAGUUAGUUUUGUUUUCCCGAGAGUCUCAAUGUUUCCCGAGACGAAGUCGAGGGAAACAUUGAGAUUCGAGGGAAAACAAAACUAACUAUUUCCCGAGGGAACAGACAUUAAGUGUUUUGUUAUAUAGCGACGAACAAAAAUCAACUUCAACAACAUUCAUAUACAACAAUUGUUUUUCGUGGCAAAAACUCUAUAGAGUAAACGAGUUUAAAAUUAAAGAACCUACUUAAACGGUUUCGGCAGCAUAUCCUGUUUCCUGUUCUGUAUUUUUCUUCCCUUUUACAUUCUUUAUUUGAACACAAACUUGGAAAAUCGUAGUUUGUAAUUAUCGUAGUUGUGCCGCCAUUUUGUUUAUUUAUGUACGUGGCCGGUCGGGGCGGGCAACAAUUUUUCACUUGUUGCCCGGCGGGAAACAUUGCAUUUAUCUGAAGUCACGUGACCACAAAUCAGCCAAUCACGUUUGGUGUUCACGCUAGCUAUAUAACAAUUUAAUUUAAUUGAUGAUUCUCUUUGUAUUUCCAGGAGCAAUUAGACAUGCGUCUUCAGCAGAGACAAGCAAGAGAAACUGGUAUUUGUCCAGUUAGGCGAGAACUGUACUCUCAAUGUUUUGGUAAGCUUACAUACUGUGUCUUACUUAUUUUAUAGAACAUUGUAAAAUUUAUACUGGUAUGUAGGUCACAUGUGCACACUUGUAAAUCGCAGUAAAGAACAGAAAGUCAUGUUAGAGAAACUUGAACGUGUGUGACAAUUUCUACAAGCCAUUUCAGUGACAUCAGUGAUCAUAUUUUCUUUCCCAAACUAUCAUCAUAAAAUUGGAGUGUUCGCAAUAAAGCGGACCUACAGGUAUAUUUGGUUAACUACGUCUUCUAUUUUUUUUCUUGAUGGUUUAAGAUGAAUUAAUUCGUCAGGUGACUAUUAACUGCGCAGAACGAGGAUUACUCCUUUUGAGGUAA